CAGAAAAUUGUGAUGUCGAUUGUGUACAUGGCAUAUUUUUAAUUUUUCUUAAAUAAUGAAUUAUUGAAAUGAUAAUUUAAAAUUUAACAACAAUAACUAUUUAUAAUAUGGCAUUCGUCAGUGCAGUGACCGGCGAUGACUCCACGAAGAAAUUCAUGGAAGUUUUGCAAAAUGACUUUAGAAAUCUAAGCUUAGAAACUAAGAAGAAAUAUCCUCAGAUAAGAGAGGCAUGUGAUGAAGCAAUUGAAAAGCUUUCUUUAGCAUCAAAUAAUCCUCAAGCAUCACUGUAUGGAGUAGUUAAUCAAAUAUUAUAUCCUUUAGUGCAAGGAUGUGAGUCUAAAGACUUAAAAAUUAUUAAGUUCUGCCUUGGUACAGUACAAAGGCUCAUUGCCCAGCAAGGUAUAGAUGCCAAGGGUGCUCGGCAUGUGGUCGAUUGUCUCUACAACCUAGGACAGGCUGGUGUAUUGGAGCUGAAGCUGCUGCAGACGGCUGCAUUGCUCAUGACCACUUCUGACUUGGUGCAUGGUGAUACAUUGGCAAGAACGAUGGUGAUGUGCAUGCGCAUGGUGUCGGCGUCGGAGACUCGCGACGUGAGCACGAGCCACGCGGCCGCCGCCACCGUCCGCCAGCUCGUUGCACUCGUCUUCGAGAGGGCGCUCGCUGAGGCCGAUGGCACACUAAAAGUGAAUCCAGCGGAUGUGAGGCCACAGACGAACAGCAAGGCGCCGAAAGACCUGAAACCCUGCGCUGUAGACGCUUAUCUUAUUUUGCAGGACAUAAUCCAAUUAAUAAAUGGCGACGCAGCACACUGGCUGGUCGGUAUCUCAGAUGUGCCAAAGACUUUCGGUCUAGAAUUGCUCGAUACCGUAUUGACUGAUUUUUCACCUGUAUUUUUUAAGAUAUCAGAAUUUAGGUUUCUAUUAAAGGAACACGUGUGUGCUUUAAUUAUACGACUCUUCUCGCCAAAUGUUAAAUAUAGGGCGGCGCUGCCCGCGCUGCAUAUACCUGGCGGCGGUGGUACAGGUGGCGCUGGCGGCAGUCCCGCGGCGGCCGAGCGGCCGCACUUCCCUGUUACCAUGCGCCUGCUACGACUCGUCGCCGUUAUCGUGCACAAGUACCAUGACUUGCUGGUUACCGAGUGCGAAAUAUUCCUAUCGCUGACGAUCAAGUUCCUGGACCCUGAUAAACCGUUGUGGCAACGCGCGCUCGCACUAGAAGUACUCCACAAGAUGACCAUACAGCCACAACUCUUGAAGGCGUUCUGCGAGUGCUACGACAUGAAACCGCACGCGACGAAUAUCUUCCAAGACAUAGUGAACGCGCUAGGCGCUUACGUUCAAAGUCUAUUUGUUGCCUCGCAGGUCAACACGCCCGCUGGGGCAUCAGGUAUACCCCAGCAGCCAGGCUUCUACUGGAAAGGCGUGUGGUUACCGCUCUGCGUGACCUUCGAGCCUGGCACCGCUAAAUCCGUGUACAUCGAAAUGCUGGACCGCAACGAGGCGCCGACUAUUCAGGACGGAUACGGCAUAUCAGUUGCUUACGCGUGCCUCAUGGAAAUCAUCAGGUCCAUCGCCAUCACCGUCGAGGGGGAUGAUUAUUUCAGGUUACAAGAACUGUACGACGACAGUCAAAACGAUGAUGAGAAAGAAAUUAAUUCAAAUAAGAACGGUAAUCAUCAGAAAGAAGCAGACACAAAAACGGAACAGAAGGAAAUAAUGAACAACGGUCACGACGGCGAGUCGGAUCAGAACUCGAACGUUGUUGGCAAGACUGAUGAGAACGAGGACAAGGAGGACCAGCUCAGGCUGCAGUUAUUGAAGUCCUCCUGGUGCGGCCUGGUGUGGGGCAUGUCUGUGCUGGCGGAAGCCAGUAUAGGCGAGCUAGAGAACAUACUUCGCGCCAUACAGACCCUCGCCAGGGUCAGCGGGAAGGUGCGCGUGUGCGCGGCGCGCGACGCGUGCGUGGGCGCGCUGUGCCGCUGCGCGCUGCCGGCGCAGUACUGCGUGCCGGCGCUGGGCGCGCUGGCCGCGCUGGCCGGGCCCUGGCGCCGCGACCCCGCGCCGCCCGACGCCGACUACCGCCACCAGGUCGUCUGGGUCGGCACGCCGCUGCCCUCCGCCGCGCUGCCCACAGGUCAGCAGCAGUCGUUCGUGAUGGUGACGUCGCGGCACGUGACGGCGAUGAAGGCGCUGCUGUGCGCGGCGCAGCGCGACGGCGACACAAUCCAGCAGGCCUGGCUGCCUGUCCUCACCACGCUGCAGCAUUUGGUUUGGAUCUUGGGCCUGAAGCCAUCCACGGGUGGAAGUAUGAAGGCGAGCCGCGCGAGCGCCGACGCUAACGCUGUUAUGAGCACUUCCGCUGUCAUGGCUGAUUUACCCGCGCUUUCAGCGAUGCUGUCGCGUGUGUUCGAGUCAUCCAAGAAUUUGGACGACGUAGCGCUGCAUCACCUUAUCGACGCGCUGUGCAAGCUGUCCAAUGAAGCGAUGGAGCUAGCUUACUCUAAUAGGGAGCCAUCUCUGUUUGCUGUAGCGAAACUACUUGAAACUGGCUUAGCCAAUAUGCACAGGAUAGAAGUUAUUUGGAGGCCUAUCACCAAUCAUCUUCUAGAAGUGUGCCAACAUCCUCACAUAAGAAUGAGGGAGUGGGGUGUGGAAGCCAUUACGUACUUAGUUCAAGCAGCAUUCCAAUACCAUCACAACAACCCAGAACUGGUUACAGAAGCGCGGCAACGCCUCCUGCUGGAGCCGCUGUCGGAGCUGUGCGCGGUGCGGCACUGCGACGUCCGCGCGCGGCAGCUGGAGUGCGCGGCGCGGCUGCUGCACUCGCUCGGCGACCAGCUCGGCGCCGCCUGGCCGCUCAUGAUGGAGAUCAUCUCGGCCAUCUCGUCGCACCACAGCGAACAGCUGAUCAGGUCUGCGUUCCAGUGCGCCCAGGUAGUCGCGGGAGAUUUGCUCGGCUGUGCUGGUCCGCGCUGUCUACGCAAGGUCCUGACCACAGCUGCAGCCUUCGCUCACCAGACCAAGGAACUCAACAUUAGCUUGACUGCCGUAGGACUAAUGUGGAACAUAUCCGACUACCUGUACCACAACCGCGACAAGCUGGUAGCGGCAUUGGCAAGCGAGGCGGCGGUGUGUCCCGAGCUGCCGCACAACGCCGACUUGGCGCCACUCGACCGGCUCUGGAUGUGCCUCUACAUCCGUCUCAGCGCACUGUGCAUCGAGCCGCGGGCGCCGGUGCGGCGCGCGGCGAGCCAGACGCUGUUCAGCUGCGUGGGCGCGCACGGGGCGCUGCUCGCGCGGCCCGCCUGGCGCGCGCUGCUCGCCGUGCUGUUCCCCAUGCUGGACCAGGUUCAGAAACAAGCAAAAAUUGCCAGUUCCGAGAAAGUAGACACAGGUGAACACAUAUUAAUACAUCACACGAGAAACACGGCGCAGAAACAAUGGGCCGAGACGCAGGUAUUAACCUUGUCUGGAGUAUCCCGCGUGUUCCAUUCGAGGUUUCAGCUGCUAACCACUGUAGGAGACUUCAACAGAUCCUGGGCGACGCUACUCGAAUACAUCACAGACUUUGCACUCACACGCAGUCACGAGGUGUCGGUGGCUGCACUGAAGUCGUUCCAGGAGGUAGUGUCGGCGGCGGGCCGCGCGGCCGAGGCUGAUGCCGCGGGUUCGAGCAGCGCCCUGCAGCGGCACGUGUGGGCUGCCGCCUGGGCCGCAUGGACCGACAUCGCUUCUUCUCUCUCCGGAGACCAGGCACAAGUGGGCGAGGACGGCAAGCCGCCGGAGCCGUACGCGCCCUCACUCAACUUCCUCACGACGCUCGUCCAGAUAUUUCCACUUAUAUUCCAGCAUAUCAGGCCCACGUUCUCGCCGGCGGACGUGGCGCGGCUGGGCGAGUGCGUGUCGCGGGUGUGCUCGGUGGAGCCGGCCGCGGCCGCGCUCGACUCGCUCGCCACCGCCGCCGCGCCCGUCAGCCUGCACGCGCUGCACUGCCUCGACACCGUGCACAAGGAAGCACUAAUACGGCACGAGCUGCUGCCGCCGAUGUUCGUGGCGCUGACGUCGCUGGCUCGCGCGUGCUCGCAGUCGAGCGGCAGCGGCGGCGGCGGCGGCAGCAGCGGCGGCAGCGGUGGCGCCAGCGCGCGCUGCCUGGCGGCGGCCGCGUCGCUGUACCGCGCCGCGCCCGCGCCCUGCAUCUCUGUGCUGCCGCAUCUGCUGCAGGCCCUACAUACGGCAGUACAAAGGUUAGGGGCAGACAAGACGAGGCGGCGCAGCAGCGAACUGCAGCCGGACGAGACGGCGCAGAUCGCGUCAUUGUUAUUGCAGGUUUUAGCGACGGCCCUACCGCUCGCAAGAGAGAAUCCUGAAGAGUACAAAGAGUUUUGGGAGACGCUGCCUACUGUAUUAGAGACGUUCAUGUUUGAACCACCGGCGGGCGGGCAGGGCGGCGCUCGCGCGUUGGUGGCGCUGGUGCGCGACGAGGCGCUGCGCGGCGCGCGCGCGCCCGCCGCCGCGCGCCGCGCGCUGCUCGCGCUCGUGCGCGCCGGCUCGCUGCACGCGCAGCCGCCGCCGCACAUGCAGAGUGAACAGGAGCUCCGUGAACGCGAGGAGUUCGCGCGGAUUUGUUUCGAGACGUUACUGCAGUUCUCCAUACUGGAGGAUAUCGAUUCACUCGGCGGUGUCAACAAUGAGACCGACCCGUUAGCAAUAGUGGCCCUGCUGGAUAGGUUUCAAGAAGUCAUCUCGAGGUAUACCACCGAUGAGACCAACAAUGACCCUUUACCUAGGCACCAGAUAUCGGAGAUAUCAUUCGUACUCAAAGCGGUGGCAACCCUAACGGAGUCCAUGAAGAAAGCGCCGCCAGGUAAAGUGGACGCCGUCGCUUGGCAGAAGUUAAUAGGGCUGUACCCGCUGCUGGUGCGGCUGGCGGCGUGCGGCGGCGGCGGCGGCGGCGGCGUGGACUCGGUGGGCGCGGCGCUGCGGGAGGCGCUGCUGCAGUACGCCGCGCUGCUGUGUGCGCCGCUAUAGCGCCGCGUGCUGUACACCAUCCACAUAUAGAGCACGCGCCUCUAGUGCCCGCCCCGCCCGAGAUUCAAAUAACUAGAUGUGUAUAGCCGGGCUGCAGCACAACAUUCGCUUGCUACACAAUCGAAAUACAAUAAGUACCGAAAUUUAAGAGAUAUGGCGACACGGCGCCGUGUUGCAGAACUUGAACGAACUAUUUUUAGUGAUCUCUAAACCAUAGACAAGUUGAAUGGCGUCGCUACAGAAAAUCUACGUAUUUCUGGUACGGUACAAAUGUAUUGUCGGGCAAAUAGUGAUUAUUUAUUUUAAUAGUAAAAACAAAGAAUAAUAUAAAAGUGUUUUCAGUAAUUUUAUUAAUUUAAAGGAAUUUGCUAGCAAUUGUAACAUUAGGCAUAAGAUGGCGGCACGUCAAAUACAAUCGGAAUUUUUAGUUAGUUCCUUUUAUAGCAAUUCUAAGAUGUGAUAUCACUGGGGGGCAAUUCUGAAACGCCAUUUCUCUAUCUAUUUGAUAUUAUCUAUUUGAUAAUAUUACGAAAUUAAUGGAUUUUGAACUAUAAUAAACUAAAAUUAUAAUUUUUAUUUACGAGUAAAUCUAUUGUAAAAUAAGUUCAUAUUGGUCCUUCGAAAAAUUUCGUUGUAAUGUGUAAAUUAGAAAUUUAAUUCUAGAGGUAGAGUAAGAGACACGGCGCCUCAGAAUCGACGCCAUUGGCUCAUAUUGUUUUUGAAAAAUGACGGAUAAUUCAGAUAUUGCCACACUUCAAAGUUCACUGUACUAAAGUAUCAACACUCUUAAAACAAUAAGUUCACUGUACUAAAGUAUCAACACUCUUAAAAUUAUUUGUUAAUUAAAUAUGAUUUUUGUGACAACCCUUGCGUUAAUUAACCACUAUAUGAAAUUGUAAUUAUUCUAUAAUUUGUCAUGUUAUUUUAUUUCAUCAUCAUCAUCAUUAUAUCAGCUUUUAACUGUCCACUGCUGGACAUAAGCUAACACCAGAGUUUUACCAGCAGUUAGGCUUUGGAGAUGUUUUAAGAUGGACGCUGCUGCCCUUCCCUUGCACUCCCUUAGUCGCCUCUUACGACACCCACGGGGGAGGAAGGGAUGGCCUAUUCUAUGUAUAGGCCGGGACCACACGGAAUGUUGUUUUAUUUAUUUAUUAUACAAUAAAUAUACAAAUACAAGUACAUGGCACUCCACACUUGGUGAAACUGUCGCGGGUGUCCAUAAAAAGAUUAAUUACAUCACUUAUAAUUAUAACGAAGUAACUGACAAUAUGUUUGUAUCGUACUUGUAUAUAUAUGUUGCAGGCAAAACUCUCAACCAGUCAAAAAUAUUAUUGACUAGCAAAAUCAGUCAAAAACCAACUUUUGACUGUGUGCUUUAGUCAAAACUACUUUUGAUCAAUCUGUUCAGUUAAGCAUACGCUUAAGUCAAUAAUCUCUUUUCAUUUAAAAGUCUCCUCUUAUCGGUGCAACUAAUUCAUGCAUCUUCCUCCAGCCAGCUCUAUCCCAGGCCAUAUCCUUGACCUCCCCAAACGACAUGACACCUAGUGUUUCUUUUACCUGUCCCAUGUAGUUAUUCCUCGGUUCUCCUCUUCCCUUUUGCCCUCUAUUUUUCCCUCUACUAUGCUCUUAAAAAAUCAUCAUGUCGUAUAAGGUGGCCCAGCAUUUUGUCUCUUAUAUUCUCUAUUAUUUUAAUUAAUGUUCUUUUCUCGUUCAAUCUUUUGAGGACUUCCUCAUUCGUUAGUUUUUCUGUCUAGCUUAUCCUUUCCGUUCUCGUCAAUGUCCACAUUUCGAUAGUCAAUAAUACUUUUUACUAAGAUAAAAGUUAAAAGUACCUUUUUUUUUACGUGGGGAAAAAACCCACCACGUGUUCCUCGGCUACGACUAACGGCAGCGUUGCUGCGAUUCCGUUUUAGUUAAUAGUACCUAAGCUAACCUAACCGCAAAUUUGCAAAAGUACUAAUAACCAAUAAUUUUUCAGUCAAAACCACUGUUUGUAAAAUAUGCUGGUUCUUGUUGUAUAUAGGUAUUAUUUAUCCUUAGUAUUUAAUUAUAUUAUUAUUUAUAUUAUAUUAAAAUUAUAUCAUUUGUAAAGUACAAAUUGCCGUCUGUUGACUUGAAGUAUAUUAUAUAUUUUUUGUUCUAUUUCAAUUGUUUAUAAAUUUUUCUUUUUUAUAAAAUAACUACAAAUGUCAUCGUAUGUAAAAAGGUUAAUUUUAAACAACCACUUUUGACCAAUCUGUUCAGUCAAAAGUACUUUUGUCUGAUUUUGCUAGUCAAUAGUACUUGUGACUGGUUCAGAGUUUUGACUGCAACAUAUACAUAUACAGUUAAUAAAAAUCAUUCCCAAUGUUUGUAGAGUUGUUAUUAUUUAAUAUAAUUAGUUUGUUUACUUUGUAUAUACAGUGAAUAAAUUUUAAUAUAUACAUAUUGUUAACAGUUUUCAUUGCAAUCUCACGAAGUUUGUAGAGUCCUUGAACUAGCAUGCUGUCUUUAUCAUUUAAAUGAGGCAGAAAGAGACGGCUGUAGAACAUCGACGGUUAACUGUAAAUUUCUCCUGAAUAAAAUGGGCAGAAUUUUACAAGAGACGCAAAAUAUAUAGUAAUUUUGAAUUAAUAUGUUAAUAUGAAUUAUUUAUAUCUUAAAAUAAUUAUUAUUUUAUUUAUAUAACUUUUGUGAAUGUCAGUUAGGAGGUUUUAGUGGUUAACCGACGAUGUGUCUAUAUGCUAAUACAAACAUAAAUUACAUAAAUAAUAGCCUUAGAAAAAAAAAUAGUAUUCUAUUCGCUAGCAUCCCAGCCUAGACUCUAAAAACGAGGUUAGAAUAGAAAAACAAUAGUUAACCUAGUUGAUAGUUAAAAUAACGAAUUUGAUGCAUCAUAGAGUUUAACAAAUCUAGUUAGAUAUUAUAAAAUGAUAUACGAAAUAAAAAGGGAACAGUGGUGUGCGUGUGAGACAUUUUUUUAUACGAGGAGGUGGCACGCAUACGGCCCGCCUGAUGACAAGUGAUUGUGUUGAGAAGUUAAAAAAUUAGAGAAUGAUUACAAAUGGUAUUUGCUGUUCAGUUUUUAUUUCGUGAGCGUAGAAUUUUUGUAACGUAGUUUUUUGUUUGUUGUUACCGAUAGUUAGCGUUAAUUUAAGCUAAAGAUUUCUGUGUUGCCACCAUCAAAAUAAUGAAAAUUAUUACCAUUAUAAUAAAUACACGUUUUAACUUUCUUUUUUAAAUUUGAAAAAUAAUAUACAUAUUUUAUAUAUAAUAAUAUUUUACACAAAAAAUAUGUGCAACGCUCUCGUAUAUAUAUAUAUAUAUAUAUAUAUAUAUAUAUUUGUUAUAUAGCAGGAGUGGCCAACCGAUAGAUCGCGAUAUGCCACUCGAUCGUAGCAAGGCAAACAAUAUAAAAUUUUGCUAAUCUAGCAGAAGAUUCUUAGACACAAUGCUCACAUUAAUAUAAAUAAGUUGUUACGAAGAGUAAUUUUCAGUUUUAUGUUUUCCCUCUUAAUAAAGUAAAAAAUACUACAGUACUACAUAAUUGUGUACUGAACUAUGUUGUUUCAUUUGAGAUUUCAAGAAGUAUGCAAUUGGUAAAUCUCAAGGAGUUUCGUCAGUAAAUAGUAGAUCUUGGAUCUAGUAUAGAAGCCACCCCUGCUAUAUAGGCAUGAUAAUAAAAAAACAAGGUAACACUUUUGUGUACAUAUCGUCAUAGUCGUAGAAUACUGACGGACCUGACAAAUAUUACAUAUAUAGAUCCGUCAGUAUUCUACCACUAUGACGAUAUAUGAAUACACACAAAAACCUAUUAGUAUUUGUUCAGGAAAACUAAUUAACCCUUCUUUGGAUAAUGGUGGAAAUUUCCAUCAUAACAUUGAAUGCCCAAAAAUUUUAUACAAGAACAAGUUGACUUUAAGUUGAUCGUGUCUGGAUACCUUUUUAAUGUCCAUUACAGAAAAAAAACAUAGCUGUCAAAUUUACUUUCUUUAACCAUUUUUCCUUUAAUUUUGAACAUGAAUUAUAUCACCUUGAUUUAUUUCACCAAUAAAAAAAAUCAUGCAAAGAAGGGUUAAGCAUCACAUAAAGGGGGAAUAAAUACUGUAAUAAUAAUUUGUAUAGAGGUACAUUUAAGUGAAAAAUACGCCAUAAAAUCAGUUCGUUUCAGAAAAUACUCUGUAUGCAAUAAUUAAUUUUGCUAAGUCAUAUAUAAAUUAUAAUAUUAUAAUAAUCUCGAUUUAUAAGCAGGUAAUUGGUUUCAUUAGCUGUUUACAAUUUCAAAAUGAGUGUGACCGAUUUCAAUGUGUUAUUUUAAAGAUUAGUCUAUCAAUAGUUUUUACUAUAUCUGACGCAAAUAUGUUCGCUGCAUCGAAUUUUUACUUUAUUUAGCAUUAGCUACUUGUGCUGACUUUACACGUGUGUACAAAUGAAGAAAAUGUACUUUCCUAUACAUUUUUCUUUCAUACAAAAUUAGUUCUGACAAUUAGAAACACACCAAAAAAAGAAUAAGUCAAAUAUAUGUUGCCAUUCAGAAGUUAUGUGCUUACAUAUAUUCGGAAGUUGAUUUUUAUUUAUAUAGAUUUGUAUAUGCACUUGAUGGUGGUAUUUUGCGAUAAUUAUUUGAAAUAACUAAUGUAAUUUAUUUUGUAAUCAACUUACAUUUUGCGUGCAAUUCAUAUUUUAUAGUAGCCAUAUAAUAGCUUUACUAAACUAAUAUUUUCUUUAACAUGAUCCCUGGUCUUAUAACAUCCAUUAAGUGUUUUUAAACAUUUAGUCCUUUGAUUGAAUACUGGGGCAGAUUCUGAGACGCUAUUAUUCUAUAUCUAAAAUUAAAAUUUCAAAACAUAGUAAAUUCACAUGGAAAUGUUUAUUUUAAGUACCUAAAUGUAAAUUAAAUUCUCUUUUCCGCACUAAACCUCUAAUUUUUUUUAAUUUAUUUAUUUAUAGGAAAACCAGGGCAACACUAGAGCAAAAAGAUACAGUUUAGGAUCACAAAAUAAGCCAGUAAUAGGUUUUCACAAGUAGUUUAAUGGUUGAUAAUGGAAUGGUUACCCCGCCUGCGUGAUUUAUAUACACCGGCGGGGCACCAGUGAGGAAUGAUAGGUAAGGAUAAAGCAGGUCAGUUAGCCCACCGUGACGAAUCUAACAAUAAAUCAAUCACGAUGGUUUCCAGGGGGAACCGCGAGGAGGUCGACCUGGCAUAGUAUAUUGCUAGCAAUGGUGCUACUAAUCCUUAUUACUAACAAUCCCUUCUCCCCCUAAGCCUCUCAUUUGGUUCAUUGUACGUGUAAGUCGUAGGUAGUAAAGCCAGCUAAGCUCUGCCCAGAAACAAAGAGCCUUCUGGGAUCUUUACAGGCCUCACGGAGCGAUCUCACUGUUCUGAGGAUUUCUAAACGUCGAAGGGCCACAGCUUCACAUUCCUGGAUUACGUGAAUAGUAUUUUUUUAGCGUCAAAACAGCCUCGGUAUAGACGGCUAUCUAUGGCUCCUCCUGUAUAUAAUUUUUUUUUUUAUACAACUUGGAAUGGCAAACAAGCUGACGGCCCACCUGAUGGAAAGUGGUAACCGUCGCCUAUAGACAUGAGCAGUACCAUGGACAUAACAGAUUAUACUGUUUCGGCCCAUGAUACCUCCCAUGCGUUGCCAUUCCUGAGGACAGGUGAUGUCGUAAUGGGUGAUAAUGACAUUAUUCCCACCAUCAACUAUUCAAAACAACCCAAUAUAUAGAUAUUAGAGUAGCACCAUGGAGGGUAUCAUGGGCGAAACAGUAUAUUCUGUUAUGUCCAUGGUACCGCUCAUGUCUAGAGGCGAUUGUUACCACUUUCCAUCAGGUGGGCCGUCAGCUUGUUUGCCAUUCUAAGUUGUAUAAAAAAAAAUAUUAUCCAUGUCUAUAGCAGGUAGAGCAUUGCAAUACCACAGUGUGGUUAACUCACGAACAAAGCUCACAUGCAAAGAAUCUACUUCCAAUGAGUUACCAUCACAGUUAUAACAAAAACAAAAGUAAGUGGGCGGAUGUUCCAAUGUACUGCAGUGCAGAGCUGCUCAAACCAACGGGUCUACCAUUAAAUGAAAUUCCGAAUUUUCGUACUCAAUUUCGUGUUUUUGUUUAUACCAAAAUCGGACCAAUAAAUGGAGUUUAAUAUCUCGUUCGUCAUACAUCCUAUCAUAAAAGUUCAAAAGAACGAUAUUUUAUCAUUUUUAAUAUUUCCAACCGGUAUGUGUUAUGUAAUUUUAACAUCAAAUUUCUGUUUCGUUUGGCUCCGAAAUUUCCGAAAACAUUUCAUGGUAGGCCCUCAGAUCGUUCGAUCAUUCUCUAGUCAACACUUAGAAUAUGCAGAGAUACUAGAUGGCGGUUUAAAUAAUAAAAUAAUAUAAUCUUCCAAAAUAAUUUUAUAAAAUCAAAAUUUUCAUAUUUAUGGUAGAUCAAGAAUAGGUUGUUGGCUACACGAAGCUGCAUGCGGCCCGCGAGCCGUACUUUGGGCAGCUCUGUUGUAGUAAAAAUGUUCCUUACUAGCUAAUUAACACGACGUGCGCAUGGAAUUUGACGCCUCUCGUUCUUUUGGGAAUUUCGAAUAAUUUCUUAACAAUAAGCAUUUCUAUUUCGUGUUUCUGACAAUUUUCUUUUAUACUCGUAGGUAUCUUAAAUAUUGAUUUCUGAUAAUAAUCAAUGGCGUAACUAUACCAUUUGUAAACGAUCAUUGUAGCCUAUGGGCGCCUGCAAUACAGUGUCACGUGAUCGUUGCUGACCCUGAAGAAACCUUAAUACGCCCUUUUUGAAGAACUGUAGUCUCUAGGGAAAACCUAGGCAGCUAGGGCAGCUAGGGAGCUCAUUCCACAGCCUGAUUGUUCCUGAGAGGAAAUAACCUCUGGAACCGUACUAUACGUGAGCAUUUAGGUUUGACCUUACUCCUUAGUAGAAUGUUAAAAAAAUUAAUAAAUAUUCAUAUACAGGGAUCAUGUUAAGUUACAAAUAUAGAUAUACGAAUAUAUACUGAUUUGGAUACAUCAUAAAACAUUUUUUUUUAUUAUUAUUAUUAUUUAGACCUAAACAUAUCCUUUCCUAAUAAAAAUAAAUAACAAAAAACAGCUAAGAACAUUAUAGAAUAAUUAAAUUCAAUAAGCGAUAAAUGUAUGAUAUUAAUCUUACACGCGUCAAUAAUAUGACUGCAUUAUAAUAGGUUAUUUAUGUGUACAGUUUAUUUCGAUAGAACUAAGUGGAAAAGUGUGAUAAUUUAAACAAAUUUUGUUUAAAUUAACACAGUAAUACGCACUAAAUUAUUAACAGAUCUAAAUAUUCAAGGGUUUUUUUUAUUUGCACUACUGUUGGAAAACAGUAGUCUUGUGUUUGAGUUAAUUUUAAUUUGUUUACAUUUUCAUCGAAUUCUAUUGAUACACACUAUAUUUGUUUUUUUUUUUUUAUAUUUAUUUUAAUUCUUACAGAGUACUUUUCUGUUAAAAAUUAAUAUGUUCUAUACAUUUAAUAAUUAACUCUGCGAAUCAUCCAUAACCUCCUCAAUCCAGAAUGAGAAGGGUAGGCCUUCUUAUACAGGGUGGAAAAGAAAUAAAUUCUACCAGUAAAACUCAACAUUUUGUAGAAAUAUAAUAUAUCGAGUCCAAAAACAAUAAGUAUAUGACGACCAUAAUAGUCGUGGGUUCGAUCCCUGUAAAAUACAAACAUUUACAUUAAAAAACAUACAUUCACAGCGAUUUGUGUAAUUAGUCCAGUGAUAUUUAUUUAUUUUUCAGCCACAUAUACUAACUAGUAGAAAAAAAAUACUUUUUUAAAAGCAUGCUAUUUUGAUUCCACCCUGUAUAUAGGUCUGUCGCGAGAGAUCACAGAUAUAUUUAUUGACGUAUCAAAGUUUGUACCUACUACUAUUAAUUUUAUUAUAAUUCUAAGCUUCCAUUUCUAAUAAGAUUUCACAUAAAUGUAUGGUUUCUGUUAAAGAUGUAAUGUGAUUGCAUCUGUGUGGAUAUUAUUUGUAAUAAAUUAUUAUGUUCUAAGGCGACGAUUGUUUUAAACAACACCUAAUAUUAAAAUUUUAUAAUAACAUUGCGACCGAUUCUGUAACAUUCUUGGUCUCAUGGUAACUUGUAACACGGGUCUUUACAUAAUUAAAUGUUUUGUUGAAUCUAUAAAUUAUGUUCUAAUAUAUUUUUUUUUCUAUAAACUUAAGAACCUGUACCAGGUAUUACACCUCUACAAUGAACAGUAUAUCGUCAUAGUCGUAGAAUACUGACGGAUCUAUAUAUGUAAUAUUUGUCAGAUCCGUCAGUAUUCUACGACUAUGACGAUAUAUCUAUUGUUAAGUUAAAACACACGUCUAGGUGUUUAAGAGUUCUACAAUGAGUUAUUAGUCAUUACAUUAUUCAAAUAUUAAUUUUAUAUAGUUUGCAAAAUAAGUAGUCAUCCAUUUUCGUAGGUGUUGUUUGACUGUGGCGUCAGCCUUAAAAGGAUCGCACGCGUGCAAGCGACCAAACUGGUCAGAGCGCGCCAUGUGUUAUUCUGACGUAUGUACCUAUAUUGGGAGUUAUGUUGUUAUUUAAAUUAAUUAAAUUGUAUUACAUUGA